AUGCUUCAGCAACAACAUCAGGGCUUUAAUUAAACUUUUAUCCAGUAAAAUAUACAACAACAAUCGUUUAUCGGAAACAAGCAUAAUCGGAGUCGGAUCGCUAAUAAAAGCAUCGCAGUCAACAGAAGUAACAGGAAUUAAUCAAAAGUACCUUAGACAAUGUUCGAUCUGAUAAUGAUGCACACAAUAUAGCAGAAAAAUAAAGUGGAUAAGAACAAAUCUUAGAUGAAUGAUGCUUAAAGAGUUAAAUAACAGGAUUAUAAGACAGGCAAGUCACUGGAUGUUUCACCAGUAAAAAUAGAGAAAAAAGAGGAUACUGCUUUUUCGAAUGACAGGAUAAGAAAUUUGAGAGUUGACGGUCAGCAUGUUGACAAUAAAUUUGACACUUUUGUGUUGAAACCUUUUCCUGUACUAAAUGACUCUAACCAAGCGAUCGAACUUAAUUUCAAGUCUAAUUAGACAAUAGUCAAGUGGAGCAAUGAAGAGCAUUUAAAAUCAACAAAUACUAUUUAGGCUGGACAAUCAAAAGAAGAAUACAGACUUUAGCAAUCUGGAACUGAUAUCAGAAUUUCAAAGUCUAAAAUGAAUCAUGCCCGAUAUACUAGUAACAUUAGAUGUGGAGUUUAACCAGUUCCAAAUGAUAAUACUACUAGGCAAAUGAAUUAAGAUUUGAAUGGUAUUGCUAACAUCAAGAAUACUACUUCUAAGCUCUAAAAGUAUCUUCGAGGAGGACGUAACGAGACUAACAGAACUUAAUUACAUCUUAUGCCUGAGAUUAUUACCAGUUAUUACAACUAAGAGGAGCCAGCGACUUCUUCUGAUAUAAAACUUGCCUGCUUCGAAACUAAAAAUCUUAAACUUAUUACUAACAAAUAAGUACAAGAAAACGCUCGAAGAGCUUCUGAUUCUAAAAUUAGAGCAAACCAAAGUAAGCUUAGACAAAGAGAAGAGAUAGAAUCUAUUUCUUUCAUUCAAAAAGCAUAAAUAUAGGUAAGAGAUUAGCUAAGACGCAAACCGUUUAUUCAUAAAAAUCCUCAAAAGUUUGAUAUUGGUGUUCAAGCUGAAGAUAAUGCUGAUAAUUACUAGUAUAACAAUGAAAAUUUCAUUUAAAUAGAUAACAGUGAGGAAGAGGAUAACGAUGAGAUUAAAGAAUAUGAUUCAAUUGAUUUAGAUACGAACAUCAAAUUCAUUCAAAUAACCAAAUCUCCAGACAAAAUGAUGCUUCAGACUCCUAAAAGCAACAGAGAGAGCUUUAGAGACAGAAAACUAAAGCUUAUUGAGCAGGAGAGAUCUAAAGCUUAACAGAAAUAUAAGCUAGAUACUCAUAAACCUAAUCUAAGAAAAACUAAAGGGAAAAAGAAGUUAGGAAAUGAGAUGAUUAUCAUCUCUUAGAGUCAAAUCUAUUAAAAAUCUCAAUAGCCUAGAGGCUUACUUAAUAAAAGAUACCCAAGUAAUAUAUCAUAAAGAGGGAUGCAUAUUGCAAUUAAUAAUACUCAUUUGGAAUAAUUAGAGCAAUAUGACUCAUCUAAUGUUUACAAUGACAACGAUUAAUCUCACUAUAGGACCAAUCCAAGACUAGAUUCUAAGCGGCCGUCAGUUCAAACCACUAACAUAGUAAUUAGCAAAGACAUUUACGAGCAGAAUAGUCCGUUAAUUGAUAUGAUCUCCAAGUAUCAGCAAAGAGUAAUCCAUGAAAAAGUCGAAAGUGAGAUCUCAGACUAAGUUAGUGAGUAUCGUAAAAAUACUAUGGAGUCUGCAAGUUUCAGACAUUCCACUUUUUAGCCCUAGUCCUAUAAAGCAGUGGCUUAAGCAGAGCAAAGAUCAGUUUUCUCGUGUCUACAAUCAUGUCAAAUCACUGUUUAGGUUGAGCAGUUGAUGGAAUAAGAUAAAGAUACCAAAGAUGCUCUAUAAUAGAAGAUAGAGAGUCUCGGAGAUCAAUUAAACUGGAUGGAUAACGAGGGAAACCUAAUGCAGGACAUCUAGAAAGUACUUUAUGCUAACAAUAGAGAGGGAGGUAGAAUUAGAUGCAGCGAAUUGCAAAAGACUCAGGAUAACUGCAAAGUACAUUCCUUAAUGUAAAUAAAUUUUCAAAUUGAUAUGAUAGUACAGAUUUAGAGACUUAUGGAUGAGCAGGGAGUUUAUGAAGGAGAUAUUGAAGAGAUUCCUAUAUAAAUCAAUAAUUCAAAGUCGCAAGGACUGAUAAACAAUAAAACUUAUGAAAAGGUGAAGAGUGGUAAAGGAAUUCAGAUAUUUCUUAAUGGGGAUGCCUAUAAUGGGGACUGGGUAAAUAGCUAAAUGCAUGGCAAGGGAAUAUAUUACUUCUCAGCUGAAAAUCAGUUUUAUAAAGGUGACUUUCAUGAAAACGCUAUUACUGGCAGAGGAAUAUUCUUCUACAGCGACACCUAGGACUUUUAUUUAGGAGAAGUAAUUGAGGGUAAAUAUCAUGGGAAGGGCCUUUACUAUUAGAAUGAAAGUGAAACUUGGGAAUUAUGUGAAUUCAAGAAUGGGAGAAUGAUAAAAAAUCUUAAAACUGGCAAAGGAAAACCCCAAAGUCUUGAGAUAUCUAAAGAAAUUGUUCAUGAUGAUCCCAAUUUUGAAGAAAUUUAUAUCAAGCCUAAGGAUUUUUUCUUUGAGCAUUAUGAGGUAAUAUUUAAUUAAUGCUUUAAAAUUUAGGGGGAUGUUGUAAACGGAAAGUAUGAAGGAAACGGUGUAAUGUAUCACAAGGAUGGGAGCCGUUAUGAAGGCUCUUGGAAAAAUAAUAAGCCUAAUGGUAUAGGUAUAACUGUAUAUUCUGAUUAAAAAUUUGAUAUCGGAGAGUAUAAAGUAAUGAAUAUUCGUUCAUUCAUUUUUUAGAAUGGUUUAUUACAUGGAUUUGCUAGAGCUUAAUUUCAUGAAGGAGAUAUCUACUAGGGAUACUUCUAUAAGGGCAGAAUGCAAGGGUUAGGUAUAUAUCUUUACAAGCAAACAAAUAAAUGGACGUUCUGCUAUUUAAAAAAUAACAAUAUAUCACAGGAGUUCGAAAGAGGAUCAUUAAGUUCUAAAAAGAUGUCUCUUCCUAGUUUUAGUUACUUAGAGGAAAAAUAUAAGCAGUAUAUUGAUUAGGAUGAGGAGCGAGCUGAUAGAGAACUAAUUGACUCCCAAAUCUAAGUUUCAGCUGAAAGGAAGAGAAAGUCAAUGUUUAGUGCUGAUCUUAGUGAAGACAGUGGGGAAAAGAGGAAAAGUUCAUCCCCAAAUCGUAAGAAAAUGGUAAACAUCCUAAUUGAGGAAGCAAGAAUUAAAAAGCAUCCAGAUAAUAAUUCGGGUUACUGCUUAAUUUUUUGA